ACCACUCCCCCGAUUCCUCCCACAGUUACUGGCUCCUCCCCUCGAUCAGCUGACGGGGCUGCCUGUCACUCAGUGGCGCUGCGGCCGGUGUUGUUGCUGCCGCCGGGACUCCUGUCAGAUUUCUCUCUUCUGGGGAGGCAGGCUGUGAUGGGGUUAUAUCGCUGACCCAUGGACACACAGAAAGGAAGUUUGGAAGAAUCCGAAGGAGCCCAAGAGCGCGGUGCGGCUCACUACUGGCAGGUGGGGGCGGCCCAUGUGGCACCGGCAAGACUCCAUGGUUUGGGAGCAAGAGUGGUGCUACAUGCCAGUCUUGGAAUACAUCAUGCACUGCUGCUAACGAGGGAUGGUGACGUAUUUAGCUUUGGGAAGCAGCCGUGGAGGGAGAAUCGUCCUGACGUCCCCGGUCAUGCUCCUGUGUUAGAGGAAGCUCUGAGCGGUCGCCGUGUAAUAUGUGUCGCUGCGGGAAGCUAUCACUGCGGAGCGGUGACGGACAAUGGAAUGGUGUACAUGUGGGGGGAAAACACGGCUGGGCAAUGUGCAAUUGCCGACCACCCAUCCAUCCCAGAACCUACGCCAAUCACUAUAACCGACCAGGAAAACACGCCGCCGCUGUGGGUACGGGUUAUACAGCUGUCAUGUGGCGAGGAACACACACUUGCAUUAUCCGGCAGCCGGGAAAUCUGGGCAUGGGGCAGCGGCUGCCAGCUUGGUUUGUUAACGUCAACCUUUCCUGUGACUAAACCUCAAAAAGUGGAACAUCUCGCAGGCCGGGUUGUUCUACAGGUAGAGUGCGGGGCAUUUCACAGCCUGGCACUAGUGCAGUGCCCUCUUCCCCAAGAGCUGAAGCCUGUGCCAGAGAGGUGCAAUCACUGCCGAGAGCUGCUGAUCACCAUGACUGAGAAAGAAGACCACGUGAUUAUCUCUGAUGCCCACUGCUGCCCGCUUGGGGUAAUGUUGGCAGAAUCUCAGCCUGACAACAGAACUAGUCCGUCUUCUCUAAGCUCUAGGAAUAAGCAGAAUUCCUAUUCUCCUGAGGACAAGAACAGCCGCAGUCCAAAGCUCUCCGAGUCCGACACGGAGUUCGGUACUGAUGUGGCCGGCAUGUGUGAAAGUACAGCUGACGGGACCCCGGAAAACCCUGUCUGUGGAAGCAGUGUACCGCCUGACCCAGCAGCCGAGCCCUUUCCAGAGUACGAAGAGCAAAAGCUACAGGAGCUGAGUGACUGUUUUGUCAGCCCUUCCGCCACUCCAGCCUCCGCUCUGAACAGCCUCGUUGUGUCCUGCGCGACGGCGGUCAGUUUCCGAGUAGCCGCUACGUGUGAAGCCGGAGCUUUGUCACUCAAGAAAGUGAUGAACUUUUAUUCUGCACCCGUGAAUGAUGCCGGAGCUCCCAUUGCAGUGGGCCCGGUGGCACUGGAGGGCCUGAGGGACAUCCGGGAAGAACAGGUGAAACUGGAGUCUAUGCAGGGCAAGAAGAGUUCCAGUCUGGUGGAUAUACGAGAGGGGGAAGCGGAUGCCGGGAACAGAAGACUCUCCCUGCCCGGGCUCCUUUCCCAAGUGUCUCCGAGACUCCUGAGGAAGGCUGGAAGGGCGCGCAUGAGAACAGUGGCGCUGACACCCACAAACAGCGGAGUGGCGGAUGUAUUUCUGCCAUGCCUAAGGACUGAAGUUUGGAGUUGGGGAAGAGGUAAAGAGGGACAACUGGGGCAUGGCGAUGUAUUGCCAAGGUUACAGCCACUGUGUGUCCGGAGCAUGGAUGGUAAAGAGGUGGUACAGCUGGCAGCUGGCAGCCACCAUUCAGUUGCUCUUACCGCCAGGUCGCAGGUUUAUUCCUGGGGAAGUAAUGUGUCUGGGCAGCUGGGCCACCUACAGUCACCAACCACAAUGCCACGUCUUGCACAGGUGUGUGAGGGUGAUGGGGUGUGGAGUGUCGCCGCUGGCCAUGAUUUUACGCUCUUUCUUGCUCAUGGAAAAAACAAGUUUGAGCCCAUGGUCUAUUACAGUGGGCCGAAAGCCUCCGACAAUCCCAGUGGUGCGGACAGAAGUCCGAUUCCAGUCCAGCUGACGGAGUGCGAGAAGCUGGGUUACAUUUGUAAUAUCUCUGCUGGAGCGGGCAGCUGCUUGGCGCUGGUAGACCAAAACCGUAUGGGCUACAUCGGGAACCUCCAUGAGAUGGCGGCUUCGGAGAGGAGCUUUUAUUGCCAACUGAGUGAUGUUAAGUGUCAAAUACUGCGACCGCUUCUGGGGCUGGACAACCUGGGCUCUGUAUCUGCUCUUCAGCUUCUACAGGACGCCGCCACGCAGUUCAGCAAACUCUGCUACCUGAUUGGCCAGCAUGGCACCUCGCUCAGCAGAUUCCUCCGUGGCGCCAAGGACGCACGCACUCUUUCUAUUUUGGAGCAUUCCAAUAUUUUUUUAGACAGUUAUGCAGAAUAUUGCUCUUCUCUAUCCAACUUUCUAGUGAUGGGAGGAUUUUCUCUUCUUUCCAAACCUGCAAUGGAUUUCCUCAGUAAGAACCAUGAGGUGUUCCAAAGUCUCUGCCAUGUGACUGAUGAGGCGGCCACCCUUCCCGAAACACUCAGUGGCCUCUUCUUCUCCCCGAUCAGCAGACUGCACGAGUACGCCAGGCUCCUGCUCAAACUGGCCAUGUGCUUUGAAGUGUCCUCACUAGAGUACAAGAAGUUGCAGGAUACCAGCAUCCGCUACGACUCUCUGGGCCAGGCUCUGAGUAGGAAGAAGAAGGAGGCAGAGUAUACCCUGGGGUUCUGGAAGACUUUCCCUGGGAAGAUGACGGACUCUCUGAGGAAGCCGGAACGACGUCUGAUCUGUGAGAGCAGCAACCGAGGGCUGGGAUUGCAGAAUUCCGGGCGCUUCUCAGUAAACUGGUUUAUCCUUUUCAAUGAUGCCCUUGUUCAUGCCCAGUUCUCUACACACCAUAUCUUCGCGCUGUCUACGCUGUGGGUGGAGCCUGUAUCUGAGGACGCCGCUGGCGUCAAUGGCUUAAAGAUCACCUCACCAGAGGAACAGCUGACGUUGGUUGCACUGUCACCCCAGGAAAAGACGAAGUGGCUCCGAGCAAUUAGCCAGGCAGUGGACCAGGCCCUGAGGGGAGUGCAUGAGCCUUUACUUCCCACAAGUGUAAGACAGGACCCACCUCUGUCACGCAGUGCCAAGUACACCUUUUACAAGGAUCCACGACUGAAAGAUGCCACAUACGAGGGUCGUUGGCUAACUGGAAAACCACAUGGCAGAGGGGUUCUGAGCUGGCCAGACGGAAGAGUGUACUCUGGUGAUUUUCGGAACGGCUUGGAGGAUGGGUACGGAGAGUACAUUAUUCCCAAUAAAUCCUUCAAGAAGAAAGAUCGCUAUGUCGGUCAUUGGAAAGAGGGCAAGAUGUGUGGUCAGGGUACCUUCUGGUAUGCAAAUGGUGAAGUGUAUGAAGGCUGCUUCCAGGAUAACAACCGCCACGGACAUGGUCUUCUCCGCAGCGGCAAGCUGACCUCCUCAUCGCCCAGCAUGUUCAUUGGUCAGUGGGUGAUGGAUAAAAAGACCGGCUAUGGAGUCUUUGAUGAUAUCACAAGGGGAGAGAAAUACAUGGGCACGUGGCAGGAGGAUGUACGUCAAGGCGUGGGGCUGGUGGUGACCCAGUUUGGUUUAUACUAUGAAGGCGCCUUUAACAUGAAUAAGAUGAUGGGAUGUGGGGUCCUGCUCUCUGAAGAUGACACUAUAUAUGAAGGAGAGUUCUCCGAUGACUGGACUUUAAAUGGGAAGGGAACACUCACUAUGUCCAAUGGAGACAGCAUUGAGGGUGUUUUCAGUGGAGAAUGGGGAUCUGGAAUCAAAGUCAGCGGCACAUAUAUAAAGCCAAGCUUGUAUGAAGGGGAGAAGGAGGAUACCAAGACACUGAAGCUGGGCCGUCUGUCAGUCGCCGCUGACGAGAAGUGGAAAGCCAUCUUUGAUGAGUGCUGGAGACAGCUUGGAUGUGACGCUGCGGGGAAAGGAGAUCCGCACAAGGCCUGGGGUAACAUUGCUGUGGCAAUCACUACGAAGAGACGUCAGCAGCAGGACAGCCCAGAACCACUAAGCCGGUCCCAUACCCAAACACUGGAGAGCUUGGAAAGGAUUCCCCAUCAUACUGGUCCCUUCAGCCUGGAGAAGUACGAGAAGAUCAGGACAUAUUUAUUAAAUGCUUGUGAAACCCCGAUGCAUCAGCUAGGUCGGCUUGUGGAGUCCCUGGUGGCAGUAUACAGAAUGACAUACGUAGGGGUAGGAGCCAACCGAAGACUUUUACAGGAGGCAGUGAGAGAGAUUAAGUCUUACCUGAGACGCAUCUUCCAGUUGGUCAGGUUCCUGUUCCCAGACCUCCCUGAAGAGGGCAGCACCCUCCAGCCAUCAGCCACCCUCCGGGAAUCUCCUGAGAGACCUCACCUCUACAAUGGGAGGACAGCCUCCGGCUCCCAGUCUCCUGAAGCUGGGUACGUGGUCACUAGUUCCGGCCUGGUCCUGCCUGUGCUGCUGCCGCGGCUCUAUCCUCCGCUCUUCAUGCUGUAUGCUCUGGAACAUGAGAAAGAAGAAGAUGCGUACUGGGAUUGUGUCCUGCGACUGAACAAGCAGCCGGACACAGCGCUGCUCGCUUUCUUAGGUGUACAAGAGAGGUUCUGGCCGACCAGCAUUAGUUUCCUGGGUGACAGUAAGAAGGUCUUGUCAAACACUAAAGAUUGUUGUUUUGCUUCUGCCGUGGAGUGUCUACAACAGAUUAGCACUACAUUCACACCGUCAGACAAGCUGAAGGUCAUCCAACAAACCUUUGAGGAGAUCACGCAGGAAGCACAAGAGGCACACAAGGAAGGCUUCCUCUGGUCCAUGGAUGAGCUGUUCCCCGUUUUCCUCUAUGUUGUCCUUAGGGCCAGGAUACGAAAUCUGGGUUCAGAGGUCCAUCUGAUAGAAGAUCUGAUGGAUCCAUAUCUGCAGCAUGGAGAGCAAGGGAUAAUGUUUACUACAUUGAAGGCGUGCUAUUACCAAAUCCAACAUGAAAAACUCCACUAGACGUACCGGAGCUUGGUGGCAAUAUGGCGGUGUAUUGUCACUGCCGCUGCUCGGGGGCAGAUCACCUGGAGGGGACGCUACGCUGCCACGCCUUGUGCCGCUGAGGGAGAAGCGUCUGCUAUACAUCCUGUAAUAUAAUACGAGAUGGGGAAGCAGCUGAAGACUAUGGCACGGAUGUCCGUCUUAUUAUCAGUAUCGUUGUUGCUGCUUAUUAACAAUCGAAGCAUCGGCUAUCGCUGCGGCGUCUGUGUUCUGCUACUGACACCAGAAGCCGCUUCUUAAAAGCAAUUUGCUGUGGUUACAUCCCAGCCUGGAAUCUGCGCACAAACCAUGUGAACUCGUUUGAUAUCGUUAUUUUAUUCUAAUGUCCUGACUUGCGGUUAUAACGUGAUCUUUUUGGAAUCCUGUUUAAACAAAGAUUUUCUUUUUCUCCCCAUUGUGGCAUGUAGGGAAUUGCAGCCAAUUGCAGUGUACUAUAAUAUCCGGCUCACUAGGAGGUUUCUGUAUAAAAGCCGCCACCUCCAGGCGUCUUCUGCUAUUAACUGCAAUGCCAUUUUAUAUUUCGGAUUUGUACACCCCAGAAAUAAACACCUAGGAGUCUUACACUGGCUGAGAUCGUCUCUGGCGGGGCUCAUCCACAGCUGCCAGAGAACAGGUGACCAGUCACGAGCCAACCAGCUAGAGGCGUCCUGAAACCAACGGGUCCUGAAAACACCAGCUCGCCAGAUGCCCUAAUACAGCAUAUACCGGGAUGUCAGCCAUGAAAAGCACAUUAUAAACCUGGUGUUUCAUAAAUAGAAAUUGAAAAAGUA